UGCUGAGAUCGGCAAUCUUUCCUGGAGAGAGUUAUAUUUUUUCCUUGAACAAGAAAACAGCUGUUCUAAACUGGGCUCUAUUUACAAUCCACUUUUGUGUCAAUUUUUGAGCUAAAAACAAACAGCACCAUGUAAAUUGAAUUAAAGUCUUCCUAAUUAAAUUAGAUAUUUUCAACACUUUCUAACUCCGUCAAGUAUAAAUACGAGAUCAACCGUGAAACGGACCACUUUUUCAGAAUAUAAAAUAAUGUGUAUAGGUUAUGUAACAAACUUUUAUUCACAAUGGUCUAAAAACACACUAUUCAAUCGUUUUACAAUACAGAACACUGUACUCGUCGAAAAUGGAUAUUUACUGUGACCACAGCCAUGAAAGUGAUUAUGAUGAUGAUAAAUUGCUGCUUGACGACGAAAACACGAAUCACGACUCGUGCAACAAGUGUCGGGCAAAGUUUACCUCUACAAGCGGCUUCGUUAAACCUGUAUUAAACGAUCGAGCUUCUGUUACAGUGGUCGAUGAUAUGAAUGUCGACUUGCCACAGUUGAUGAACGGUCACAGUACGGAGCUGCACGAUUUCCAUUGUCACAAAAGGGUCAAGGUUUACGAUGACCAAAAAGCUUGGAAAAAGCUAAUAUCUGUCUCUCUGUUGUGCUUCUUCUUUAUGUUAACUGAAUUAAUCGGCGGCUAUUUGGCAGGUUUUUUUGUAUCGUUGAUAUCGAUAUGGAUCGGUAAGAAGGCCCCGACCCGUGUCAUGACAUUUGGAUAUCAUCGGGCCGAAGUGCUAGGUGCCUUUCUUAGUGUGCUGGCGGUAUGGUUAUUAGCAGGAAUCUUCUGCGUGGUUGCUGUAGGUAGAUUGUUACAUAAAGAGUACGAGAUUGAUGUCGAUACUAUGUUAAUUGUCGCGUCAAUUGGUGUAGUAGUCAAUAUUUUAAUGGGAGCUGUGCUACAUGGUAUGUGCCAUACUCACUCGCAUACCGGAGCAGUACACGCCCAUCACGGCGAAAAUAUAAAUGUACGCGCCGCCGCUGCACAUAUCAUAGGAGACUUACUUCAAAGCAUAGGCGUGUUGAUAGCGGCAGUUAUAAUUAAAGUAUUUCCGAAUGCGCAAGUCGCCGAUCCUAUUUGCACUUUACUAUUCUCCGUAAUAGUAGUAUACGCCACACUGAGAGUAGCUCAUGAUGCAAUCAAAAUUUUAUUGGAAGCGAGUCCGAAACACGCUGGCGACCUCAAAAUGCAGUUUACCAAAAUAUCAAGUGUUAAGCAUGUGCAUGAGGUGCACGUAUGGUCUCUUGCUCCCGGUAAAGAGGCGGUUACAGUACACUUGGCCGUUGAUCAAGACUGUGAUAGAGACUUCGUACUUAAACAAGCAACGUGCAUUAUACGAAAUGAAUUAAAUGCGGUCAGCUGUACAAUUCAAAUAGAAAAGUAUAAUCAAGAAUUAAUUCAACUGUGUAGCGAUUGUCAGAACCUUUAAUUACGAGAUUUAUGUUUGUGCGUUUGUUAAUCUUAUAAUAUGUAACAGUUUCGUUAUACGGAUUGAAGCUCUUGCAGCACAAAUUUAUUUGUGAUACUCUGUCAAUAAUGAUAUUCACAUC